UGACGGAUUCCUUAUUUGUUUUCUAUUAGUUAGGUCAUGCAAAAUGGACAACACAUAACUGUAGGUAGGUAGUAAAAGACAAACUUCUAAAAUCUAAUAGCCCGUCCUUAAAUAGACCAAAAAGCUCAUAAGGAAAAGCUAGCAACCUUGCAUGAUUCCAACAUAAAAGCUUAACAACAGAAGUAGUUCUUCUUUCCAGCAUCAUGGAAGGGGUUGAAGAAAAAGGCCAUGCAAGUGGGAAAGAAGAUUACACUCAAGAUGGUACAGUAGACCUAAAAGGUAGACCUGUUUUAAGAUCAAAAACUGGACGAUGGAAAGCUUGCUCCUUCAUAGUAGGGUAUGAAGUGUUUGAGAGGAUGGCUUACUACGGGAUAGCAUCAAACUUAGUGAUCUAUCUAACAAAUAAGCUCCAUGAGGGAACUGUGGAAUCUGCAAACAACGUUAGCAACUGGGCGGGUUCGGUGUGGAUGAUGCCACUUGUAGGAGCUUACAUAGCCGAUGCUUAUUUUGGCCGCUAUUGGACCUUCGUAAUUGCAUCAUGCAUUUAUCUCUUGGGAAUGUGUUUGUUGACUCUAGCUGUCUCAGUAACAUCUUUGAGGCCACCAGAAUGUGCACAAGGAGUUGCAGACCAAAAUUGCCCCAGGGCAUCACCAUUGCAAAGGGGUAUUUUCUUCCUAGCCCUGUACAUCAUUGCUGUAGGAACAGGAGGAACAAAGCCUAACAUUUCUACGAUGGGAGCAGACCAAUUUGACGAGUUCGAGCCCAAAGAGAGGACCUAUAAACUUUCCUUCUUCAAUUGGUGGUAUUUCAGUAUUUUCCUAGGUACCCUAUUCUCCAACACUUUCGUAAUCUACAUACAAGACAGAGUGGGUUGGGCCGUAGGAUAUGGCCUUCCUACGGCUGGACUUGCGGUUUCAGUAUUAGUGUUUUUGGUAGGAACUCCAUUGUAUAGGCAUAAAUUGCCCUCAGGCAGCCCUAUAACUAGAAUGCUCCAAGUCUUUGUGGCAGCUAUGAGAAAGUGGAUGACACGGGUCCCAGAAGAUCCAAAAGAGCUACAUGAGUUAAGCAUAGAAAAAUAUGCAUGCAACGUAAGAAAUAGAAUUGAUCGCAGCUCUUCGUUGAGUUUCCUUGACAAAGCGGCUACAAAGACAGGCCAAACUUCACCAUGGAUGCUUUGUACAGUGACACAAGUUGAGGAAACCAAACAAAUGACAAAAAUGAUUCCGAUUUUGAUUACAACACUGGUCCCAUUCUUCUGUCUAGCGUGGUGCCUUGUUUAAUGAAGAGUGUAGUUGAUUACAACACUUAUCCCAAGCACAUUGAUAGUUCAAUCAACUACACUCUUCAUUAAACAAGGCACCACGCUAGACAGAAGAAUGGGACCACAUUUUGAUAUCCCUCCAGCCUGUUUAACAACAUUUAAAACUAUCUUCAUGCUUAUAAGCAUUGUAGUCUAUGACCUUGCUUUUGUUCCAAUAAUCCGGCGAUACACAAAGAACCCCAGAGGAAUCACACUGUUGCAGAGACUAGGAAUUGGCCUAGUGUUGAACAUCGCUAUAAUGGUCACUGCAUGCUUGGCUGAGAGGAAGAGACUCCGUGUUGCAAGAGAAAACAACCUCUUUGGCCGGCAUGAUACAAUUCCCCUUACUAUUUUUAUUCUCCUCCCUCAGUUUGCCCUGGGAGGGAUUGCUAAUACCUUCGUGGAAAUUGCCAAGUUAGAGUUCUUCUAUGAUCAAGCACCAGAAGGCAUGAAAAGUCUCGGAACAUCAUAUUUUACAACCAGCUUGGGUUUAGGAAGUUUUCUAAGUACUUUCCUUCUUUCAGUUGUUGCUAAUAUCACUCAGAGACAUGGUCACAAAGGUUGGGUUUUGGAUAACCUAAACAUCUCCCGUUUAGAUAAUUAUUAUAUGUUCAUGGCAGUACUAAGCUUGCUCAACUUCCUUUGCUUUCUGGUUGUUGCCAAGGUAUUUGUAUAUAACGUUGAUGUCAGACAAGACAAAUCAAGUUUGGAGAUGAACCCAGCUUCAUCUCAGAAUAUUCCUAGAAUAAGCAAAAGCACUCCACAACAAGAUGCCAACUCGUAGGAAAACAUGACCGUCAUUCCUUUUUUCUAUUCGCCUUUCAGUAAAUAAAUAGCUACAGAUUUGUCUUACCAUGGUUCAUCUAUUGUCA